UUUCGCUGGUGGCGGCUUCACCGAGCGGAGAGAAGAUGGAGAACGAGGGGAACCAGCAGUGCCCCGGGGAGGAACAAGAGAAAGAGGAGGAGGAGGAGCGUUUGGAGAAAGAGCACUUCUGGAAAAUCAUUAAUGCUUUUAGAUAUUAUAGGAUUUAUGCUCAUGAGAGGGUAACUCGUUCUGAAAAGCAAUUCCAGUCCCUUCCAGCAGCUCAUCGGAAGCUGCUUCCUAAUUUCCUUCCUCACGUGAACAAAUUAAGGGAGUGUAUUGAACAUAACUACGAGAUCCUGAAAGCAAUUAUUAACAACUGCAAUCAUAUGUUUGAAAAUAAGGAAUAUGGAGUCAUAGAUAUGGAGGCUGACCCGGGACGAUUAAAACCAGCAUCCACCUUUGACAUGGACAAACUGAAGUCCACCAUUAAGCAAUUUGUAAGGGAUUGGAGUGAUGAUGGCAAGGCUGAACGGGAUGCUUGUUAUCGGCCAAUCAUUGAAGAAAUCGUAAAACAUUUCCCUCAGGAUGAAUGCAAUCCUGCUGACAUGAACAUACUUGUACCGGGAGCAGGACUUGGAAGACUAGCCUGGGAGAUUGCUAGACUGGGUUAUAGCUGCCAGGGUAAUGAGUGGAGUCUAUACAUGCUCUUCUGUUCACAUUUUGUACUAAACAGAUGUACUGGAGUUAACACAAUGACACUUUAUCCCUGGAUACAUCAAUUUAGUAACAAUAAGCGAUCAGCUGAUCAGAUUCGACCAGUCCAUUUUCCUGAUGUUAAUUCACAUAGUCUUCCAUCUCAUGCUAACUUUUCUAUGACAGCAGGAGAUUUCCAGGAGAUCUAUACAGAACCAAAUGCUUGGGAUUGUGUAGCAACGUGUUUCUUCAUUGACACAGCACAUAAUGUUGUUGAUUACAUUGAAACAAUAUGGAAGAUUCUGAAACUUGGAGGAAUAUGGAUAAACCUUGGUCCUUUGCUGUAUCAUUUUGAGAAUAUGGCAAAUGAAAAAUCAAUAGAACUGAGUUAUGAAGACAUCAGGCAUUGCAUACUUCAAUACGGAUUCAAAAUUGAGGUGGAAAAGAGCUCUGUUCCGUCAACGUACACAGAAAACGACCAAUCCAUGUUAAAAUACCUUUACGAUUGUGUCUUUUUUGUAGCCAGAAAGCCUGCACAUUCACCAACUCUAAAUGGCUUUCCACCAGUAAACAGUUGAGAAAGGAAAUGUUGACUUCUUCUGUGAUAACAGAUUGUAGAAUAUAAAACUGGGAAGGAAGAGGAGUUACUCAGAAGUCCGGACAAUCUGAAUGACUCUAGAGACCAUCGUACUCUAAUAGUGCCUUUUUCUUUUUAAAUCAACUUCAGGAAUUCCGAAUUAUUUCAGCAGUUUUUUUGGACAACCAGAAAUGUGCAAUGAAAUAAAGAAUUAUCCAUAUAAAUCGGCAAAAGGAGCAAAGUCAGAGAAGAGAGAACGAAGGAAGUCGGGUGAAUGACAUCUACUUGCUAACUGCUUCGGAAGCAGUUGCAUACAAAGUAUCCUUGCCUGGUUUUUAGCUCCUGCUGUGCCCUCAUACCUAGCUUCCCACUUCCUAUCAAGUCAAUUUGUUUCCUCCAUUCCAUUCCAUCAUUUUCAACUAUUUAAUGAGGGGCUGCCCUCCCCAUUACCCCCAUGCUGACACAUACACACACUCCAGCUUGGCACAUUGGGUAGCUGUUUUGUAGAAUCAUCUGUGUAUUUUCACAUCUUUGAUGUCAGGAUGUUAAUGAACUCUUACAGUUUUCAAUGGGCAUUGUGCUUGUUGAAUAUUUUGUGUGAAAUUAUUUUAGCUAGAUACCUUUGCAGUAACAGUUGAAGUUGUUUUUCCACUUUUAUAAGUGCUAUUGUGAAAGCUGGAGAAGAGGAAAUCACUGCAUUUUGAAUUAGAUGACUGGAAUCCAUUCAUUGCUGUGAUUUGAUUGAAACAACUUUGUCACAUUGUCAAGGUGCAAUGCUAAAAAUGUGGCAUUUGAAUUGAUGACUGACUCAGCGUUAGCAUUCUUUCAUGCUGCUUGGCUUUGUGGUUACUGUAAUUUAAAUCUCAUGAGCUGCCAUUAUUCUUAUGAAAACAACUUGUCAGGAUGCAUAUAAUUAAUUUUUUUGUUCAACCUUGUUUCCUGUAUAGAAUCAUUUUUAAGUCUAUUGGUAAUGAAAUUAAUGAUGUAUGUAUCAGGUUUGCCUUUGUUUGAAAAAGAGACUAGGGGCUAUUUUAGCAUCUGGCUGAACAUCAAUUUGGCAAAACUGUUAAUACAUACAUUCUUAGUUCCUCAAUCUUUUCAUCUGUGACUCUUAUGUAUAUUAACUGUCCCUCAUGUGACAAAAUUUAACUUUGUAUCAGGCCAUGCAAAUCAUGUAAUUUGAUUGCAAGCACCUGAUCAUCCGUCAUUGUCCAUCAUGAUGCUUACCACCAGCUUAAAAAAUGGCAAACAGAAUAAACCCGUCCUCAAUCUUCAUAUCUAUAGAAACACAUAAGCUAGAGGGUGUUUCAAGAACAAAGUAUUUUAGGAUUACAUUAAUAACUCAAGAUUUGCACCUUUGUGCCCUCAUGAAACUCAUUGCAAUCUAUCUAUUAUCCAAUCUUAAGUCUCAACUUGACAUACAGAUGUUAAUUCAGAGUCAUGUAGCAGUAAAAAAAAAGUGCCAUUUGUAAAAUACUUAUUCAAAUGUUACAGUAUAAUUUAUUGAUUCCCAUAUUAUAACAAAGGAUACAACAGAAUAGUCUUCUCAAAACUACACAGUGAAUGAUAAGAAGAAAUAUCACUCACUACUGUGCAUUUUCUGAUUACUAAUUCUGUGUUGAGUACAGAAAAAUAUUGAUUGGUGAUCAGGCAUUUUCUGUUGUGUGGAGGAAUUUACCCAGUAAUGAUUAGUUUAAAAGUGUCUUGCACUAGUGAGUACCAUGCCUGUAAUUCUAGACUUUUUAUAUUGUCAAAUGCAUGUGGAUGAUCUGAAGACUGCCUAUUUUUGAGUGACAUUGUUUUGCAGUAUAUGGUCUUUUAAAAAACAUCCAGCCACUAUUAAACAAAACUGAACUUCUAAGAAAAUAUCAAUUUUAAGGCCUUUACACCCACAGAAUUAUUCAGAAUUUCUAUUACUUUACCUGAAAUUCACUGACCAUAUGAAGACAAUUUAUUAUAAAUGCAAACAUAUAUCCAAAAACACACUAGGAGCAAAGGACUAAAGUUAAACAGUAAACAAGUACAGGUGUAACAUAAUGUCUUGGCGUGGAAUGUUUGCAGUAUCAACACCAUCACAGUAUACUUUAGCAGUAGUUAUAAAUAUUGAUAGUUAUAAGUCUUUGUAGUUUGCUACUGCAACUAGAGUUUGUGAAGAUUAAAAACUCUGAAAUAGAACAGCACUAUUAAUUAUUUUCAUGACUUUCAAGACAGUAGUUCAAAUAAAUCAACAUGCCUAUUGAUUUGCCACAGCUUUUUCUAAAUAUCCUGAGAGACUUUUGUCAUUUUCCAGUGGGAAAUAAUCCUAAAUUUGGAUUUAAAACUGUUGGCCGUUACCUCUUUUUCUCCCACACUAGAAAAAAAUGGUACAAAUCUUAUUGAAGAUUUCUUUUGCAAUCCAAUGCUUUCUAUGUAGUUAAUUUGAAAAGCGAUUAGUACUAACAUUAUGUUGGCUAUCAGAACAGUAAUGUUAACCCAUAUAAUAUCAGUAACUAUCUAAAAAAGCAUUUAUUCAGAUUCACUCUUCUGCUUUCCCUCUUUUGGAAUAUUUGUACCUUGCUGUAGAGAGGCAUACUUCUGUUCUAGUGGGACUGGGCUCCAUAAAAUAGAUUAAUUUUCAGAUUUUUAUUGCAAUCCAAACAACUAAACCCCAGCCUAGGUGCAGAUUGCAGCUACCUUCUAUUAGUUUUGCCCCUUUAUUUUCCUCUCUAGAGUCUCCCACUCUUUCUUUUGUCUUUUGGCAAAACUGCUUAUUAGCUGGCUGCUAGAAGGUGUAUUAAAGAAGCACAACUUCAUUGUGCCUCCAUAUAUCCUCACAGAAUAACAGCAAAGAUCAGUAAUUUAGUGUGAGAAAUUGCAGACGCCAGUAUGUUUUCCAUCAUUCAUAGCUUGUAAGCGCUUCCCACACUUUCAAAGCCUUUAAUGAGGUUUUAACUUUGUUUACGUUUUGUUGCUAGCAUCAGUAACAUUAAUUGUCCCAUGAACAUGUUUUCCUGUGGCUUUGCAUCGCAUCAAAUAACCAUUUCCAUGAUGUUGCCAUGCAGAAUAUUUAAUUGGGUCACCAAUAUCACCCUAGCCUGAUGGACAUUAGCAUAAUAAUAAUUAUGCGCCAGAGGUAUACUGCAUUGUCCUUCGGGAAAACAGAUAUUUUAAAUUUUAGGUGCAAAGUUGAAUCUGAAUGUUGCUUUUAUAUGUUAAUUGCUGGAAUUUUAAAAUUCUUAGCUAAAAUCCUAAAUGAAUUGCAGCCAUUCCAUUCACAAAGAUUAUGAAAUGUUCUUUAAACAAAGCAUUGCUAACAAAAUGAGAUCAUUUUGUCUGCAGUGUCUUGUAUUUACAAAAAUAUUUUGCAAAAUUCUUUUGAAAUUACAAAAAUAGCUUUACUUUUGUAUGAUGCCAGCAUUGAUGGCUAUGCACCUUCUCCAAACAAAGAAGUUUAUCAAAUGCUGUCGGUCUAAACUUAGAUAUAGGUUUGUCCCCCUCUCCCAGUGGCUUGGUAUUAUUAGUCAGGAUUGCAUUGCUCCAAAACAAGAUAACAAAUCUAGAAACAAUUUAGAAAUAAAAUCUGGCUUCAAAAUGAAAUUGCAUUUUUGUUAUGGCCACUGCAUUUCUUGGUCAAUUGCAUUUUCAAGGCACAGCCACAAUAUAAUAGUAAAACAUUACAUGGAAAUUGCGGAAUGAACUUAGUGGUUUAAUAAUUCAGUUAACCUCUUAUUUAAGCAAAUACAAUUCAAGGCAUGUUGUUUGGAUUGGUUUCACCUCUCAGCACUGUUGCUUCUAUUGAUAGUCUCGUUUAAUUUUUACACCUACGGUCACAAUUUUGUUCAGUUUUAUUUCAAGAACUAAUGGGUUGAAAAGAUACUGAUUUUUAGUAAGUCAGAAUAAGGAUGGUUAAUAUUUCCACCAGAAACGAAAACUGUAUUAAAACAGUCCUGGGUAUACAGAGAUAUGAAUAGCAAUACAUAAUAAAAAAACAGAAAAUGCUAGAAAUACUCAGGUUGGGCAACAUCUGUGUAGAGAGAAAUAGUUAACGCUUCAGGUUUCAAUCUUUACUCAUUUCAAGCGUUCAUCAAAACUAUUUACAUAGUUUUGUACAGGAUUGAGAAAACUCAGAGCAUGUUGGCUAAUUGAAGAAAUUGCCCAGUUGUUUUACCUUUACUUAACCUGCCUGUGUUCUAUUUGAGUAUAGUACACAUAAAUGCUGUUUAAAGAAUGCUUUCCAGUGUUAGUUUCAGCAGAUAAAAAAGGUAUUUAUUUCUUAAAUCAGUUUAAUUCCUUUGAGAUCUUGCAACCCUCCCCAGCACUUGCAGCACCCUAUUCAGUGAAGUUACUUAAAAAAUUGUAUAACUAUUGAAGCAAUUUGCCAAAACCUUGAACAUCAGAAAAUCAAUCCUAUUAUCUUACAUGUUAGAAAUUUUGCUUUCACCAAUUCCUAAAUUUUAUUCUGCUGAAAUUGUUAGUCUUUAUGAAUGCAGUAAAUAGUUUUGAAAAUAGAAAUUGUGGUUUACUAUUUUUUAUUGAUGUUUGUGGUUAUCCCAUCAGUACAAAGUAGUGUUUACACCAUUUUGACUUUAGGAUUGUCACAAUAUGCCAGUACACUAUUAAGUAUUAAAGAUGAUCACAUGAUCUGUUUUAUACUACAGUAACCAUAAAACACAUGAUUAGAAAAUAGAUUAUGAAGAUCAUAACAUCCUUUUACUUGAGUAACAUGUUUCCAGGGUAAGAGAUGGAAAUAGUGUUUCAUAUUAUCACAGCUAUAUCUUUUAAAACACUAGUACUACAAAGAAGUAUGUUGUGAUGGCUCAGUUCAGCAAAAUAUAGUCAUUGCACCUGCCUCUUGAUGGUUUCCUAUUAUUUGCAGACAACUGCUUCAUUUUCCCACUAUAGUCACUAUUCAAAGUACAGUAUUUUGGACCAAUACUUGCAAAUAAACAGCACAAUGCAGAUGCCCAUUGGAGUAACUCCAUUUCUGUAAAACAGUUUUACCAAAUGAAUAUAGUAAUGAAUUCCAAUAAAAUAUUUUAUUAA